GUACAUAUAGAAAUAGAUAUCCCCACUCUCAAAACACCUCCCAUUGACAUAUAAUCAGCGAAGAUCAUGUUCACUAGUUACCACUUCGCCACCAGUCAGACAAUAUCUGCACAGCAUGUCGUGAAAGCUUCAUUACCGAUUAAUAUUAACGCACAAUGAAUAUUUUAUCAGGAGCCGUGACAUCAUUUUUUCUAAUUAUUAUCUAUCCCUUAAUAUUUGCUUCACCUAUUGUGAAAAUUCAAAAUGGAAAAUUGCAAGGUUCUUAUAUGCAAACCCGGAAGGGACGAGAAUUUUCGGCAUUCAGAGGAAUACCCUACGCUCUCCCACCCAUCGGUGAAUUAAGAUUUGAGCCAGCUCAUCCCAUGAGUUCAUGGACAGGAACUCGUUUGGCUGACAAUGACGGAAGUGUUUGUGUGCAAAACGACGUAUUAACACAUGCACAAGAAUACUUCGGAAGUGAAAACUGUCUAUAUCUGAAUGUCUACACACCAAAGGUAUCAUAUUUUGAAAGCGACCAAGAGGUACAUAAAUAUCCAGUGAUGGUGUGGAUUCAUGGAGGAGGAUGGGUUACUUGGUCGAGUGACUCUUCGUUAUUUGGCCCUCAAUUUCUUCUUGAUAAGGAGGUUGUUCUUGUCUCUUUCAAUUACAGAUUAGGCCCACUAGGUUUUCUAAGUACUGCCGAUAAAGUUUUGCCCGGUAAUCAGGGACUGAAGGAUCAAGUGCUAGCUUUGAAAUGGGUUCAAAAUAAUAUCGGAGCUUUCGGAGGAGAUCCCAAUAGGGUGACAAUAUUUGGUGAGAGUGCAGGUGGUGCUAGUACUCAUUAUCUCAUGCUGAGUCCUCUGGCAAAAGGUCUCUUCCACCGUGUUAUCUCUCAAAGUGGAACAGCUCUAGCUCCAUGGUCUCGAACAACACCACAUGCUGCUAAAAAACAAGCUCAGCGACUCGCCAAACAGCUAAAUUGUCCGAUUGCCCCAUCCGAGAAACUUCGCGAUUGUCUCCAACACAAAGAUCCGAUUGAAUUAGCUUCAGCGGUCGAUGAAUGGCCGAUUUUCACCCAAGAUCCGAUGAUUCCAUUCAAACCUGUAGUGGAGCCAAACUACCCUGGUGCCUUCCUAACAGAGGAUCCAGUUAAAAUUCUCGAUAAUGGAAAUUUGACAGACAUUCCUUGGAUGACAGGCUUCACGUCACACGAGGGUGCCAUUCGUGUAGCAUUUUUGUACGGACAGGACGACAAGUACCAUAGCAUUGAAAAAUUAUCAAAAAAUUAUAUGGAAUUAGCCCCGUUAACCCUCAUGUACGAGGACGUCUGUCCAAAGAACAUCCGCCCAAAAGUUACUGCGAAAAUUCGAGAAUUUUAUUUGGGAGACCGAGAGAUCGAUGAAUCAACAAGAAUGAAUGUGCUACACAUGUACUCCGACGCCAUGUUCACGUUCAAUACAGCUAAAUCUGUUGAAAAACAUCUGAAAAGUCUCGGAAGUCCGAUUUAUUAUUACUACUUGGCCUAUCGUGGGACUAAUUCAUGGUCAAAACUAUUCGGUGAUGAAAAAAGAGACUAUGGAGUCUCUCACUGUGACGACCUUCAAUAUCUAUUUCCCCAAGGUGACAUUUUUUCACCUGGUGCACAGUUAACAGAGGACGAUGGAAAAAUGGUUGAUAUUAUAACAUCCCUGUGGUACAAUUUUGCUAAAACCGGAAAUCCAACCCCCGAAAUUACUCCAGAAUUACCAGUGAAAUGGAAACCAGUGAGAACGAAGGCUGGAGAGUAUCUUUCGAUUGGAGGGCCUAGGAAUAUAAAAAUGUCCGAAAAUUUAUUGAAGGAGAGACUAAAACUUUGGAAAGGGUUACCAUGUGGGGCUGGUCUCGCCCCGUUAAUGGCAUCGGAUCGCGUGAAGGACGAAUUAUAUCUCUUCCAUCAUCUCUUUUUCUCCUACCACAUACAAAUCUAUAAAACACCCAGUAUCAUCUGGUUUAAUGAUACACGCGGACCGAACAAUCUCUCACCUCUCAGCAGUCGAGUCCCUGCUUCCGCCGAUAAUCAGCAGAAAAUGUUGGCAUUAAAAAUCAUCGCGGUACUAUCAUUUUGGGGUAUUUUUGUCUCUUCAUCGCCGAUUGUGAAGAUCAAAAAUGGAACUCUGGAGGGAUCCCUCAUGAAGACGAGGUAUGGGAGGGAAUUCCCAGCCUUUCGAGGAAUCCCCUACGCACUGCCUCCGCUCGGUAACUUGAGAUUCGAGCCACCGAAACCGGCAGCUGCUUGGAAAGGCGUACGAUCAGCUAUGGAAGAUGCAGCCAUAUGCACCCAGAGAAAUAUUUACACUCAUCAAGAGGAAAUUGUUGGAACAGAGGAUUGUCUUUACUUAAAUGUUUACACUCCGAAGCUGCCAGAUUCUAAUGCUGAGGAGCAGACUACGUAUCCUAUUAUGAUAUGGAUCCACGGUGGUGGAUGGGUGACUGGAGCUGGACAUUCAGAGUUCUAUGGGCCCAAAUUCCUACUUGACCAUGAUAUUGUGUUGGUGACACUGAACUUCAGAUUGGGACCACUAGGUUUCCUCAGUACGGAAGAUCUGGUUGUGCCGGGUAAUCAGGGCAUGAAAGAUCAGUCGCAAGCGAUCAGAUGGGUUCGUGAAAAUAUUGCUGCCUUUGGGGGCGAUCCAAAUCGGGUGACUGUUUUCGGCGAAAGUGCUGGUGGUGCUAGUACUCAUUAUCAUAUGAUGAGUCCUCUCUCACGAGAUCAUUUUCAUCGCGGAAUCUCACACAGUGGUACUGCCCUAUGUCCUUGGGUACUGACGAGACCAGGGAUUGCUAAACGACAAGCUAAGCGUCUUGGAGAACUCCUGAAUUGCCCAACCGAUAGCUCAGCUGAACUUCUAUCAUGUUUAAAGAAGAAAGAUCAUGAGGAAAUCAUCGCUACCGAUCGUGAAUUUCAGAUUUUCGACUACGAUCCUAUGAUACCCUUCAGACCUGUCAUAGAACCUGAUCAUGCAGGCGCUUUUCUUAUAGAAGAGCCCGCACGAACACUGAAGACUGGCAAUAUGGCAGACAUUCCAUGGAUGACAGGAUUUAAUUCUCACGAGGGCGCCAUUAAAGUCGCAGGUCUCUACGGAAUAAAAGACAAAAAAUACGUCAAGAUGUUCAAUGAACGAUUCAUGGAGCUGGCCCCUAUGUCUUUAGGGUACGAAGACACCUGUCCCAAGGAGUUUCAAGAUGACGUGUCGAGGAAAAUUCGGCAAUUCUAUCUAGGAAAUAAACCAGCGGAUGAAUCCAAUAGAUUCAAAGUCAUUGAUAUGUACUCUGAUGCUUGGUUCAAUGUCGGUGCUGAUAUGGCAGUCAAGGAUCACCUGGAAGUCCUCUCAAGCCCAGUCUAUUAUUACUACUUCGCGUACAGAGGUAGUGCAUCAUUUUCUCGACUAUUUGGUGAUGAAAUCAAGGAUUAUGGGGUUUCUCAUGCCGAUGAGCUCCAGUACUUCUUUCCCGUGGGGGAACAAUUGUUUCCGGAUAUUCCAUUUAGCAAAGAGGAUCACAGAGUGACUGAUAUCAUGACAAAGUUAUGGACGAAUUUCGCCAAGACUGGAAAUCCUACGCCAACAAUAACCCCCGAGCUUUCCUUAAAAUGGAAGCCAGUGAGGACAGAGGACCUCGAGUACCUAUUAAUCACCAAUUCAAAGAAUGUCGAGAUGUCAAAGGGUCUUCUAAAAGACCGAAUUGAAUUAUGGGCAUCAUUGCCACACCGUGCCAACGUUGACACGACGAAUAAAUCAUCUCUACGCAAAGACGAAUUGUGAAAAAAAUACAAAACUUAUUGGCAGAGAAGGAAGAAAUGAAUAGUUAUGCAUCGAGAAUGGAAAAACCGAUGAAUCAGAAUAAAAUCAACUAUCGUCAACAGGCAAAGACGGAAAAAUUCUAGCAUUGAAUAAAUAUAUAUUUUUGCAACGUAAUCGAUUUCAUCCAGUUCAAUUUUUAUUUGAUUUACACACCGAGAAGUAACUAAAUUAAUUGAAACGAUCUUAACUGCUGUGUAAUGGAAUUAUUUACGAUGAUUCAAGUCAAACGAUUUCCAUAAAUCAUAGAAUGUCUAUUAUUUCGAAUUUUUUUUCUCAAUCAAUGUUAACAAAAACUGUUGCCAAUCAGCUGUGGGAGUCUAACGUCUGUAGCGUUCACUGCGAAUAAAAUUUGUAAUUAUCAGUCGAUUCGUCAAGGAUAACCAUGUGGUUACGAAUAAAUUAAUGAUUAAAUCGAGGAGCAAGCAGUCAUACGUCAUAGCUUCAUUUUACGCCGAGUUUCUCCUCGUGAAUAAAUAAAUAAAAGCAAAGACACGUGUCAUUAGCUGACUUAAUUGAAUACGAGGAAUUUCCGUUGGACUAUUAGACUUAAAAUAAAUCAGACUUCAUUCAUGAAUCUAAUGACUUUCACUCUAGCAAUACUCGACCUCGAUCUGGGCAUGGACUAUUUGAAGAGACAUUCUAUAAAAAUCAUCUAUCUUAUUUUCUUCGCAAAAAUUUGUGCAACCCAGACGAAUUAAAAAAAUUAUUUCAAGAA